AUGAUUCGGCAUGUCAACGACCCUGAGCACCCGUUGACCCUCGAGCAGCUCAAGGUGGUCUCGCGGGACGCUGUUACCGUGGAUGAUGCCAACAACACUGUGGUCAUCCUAUUCACGCCCACCAUCCCGCACUGCAGCAUGGCGACCCUGAUCGGCCUUUGUAUUCGCGUCAAGUUGCUUCGGUCGCUUCCUUCCCGGUUCAAGGUCAACGUUAGAAUAGCUCCGGGCACCCACUCAUCAGAAGAAGCAGUUAAUAAGCAGUUGGGUGACAAGGAACGGGUGGCUGCUGCCCUGGAGAAUCAGCACCUGAUGGCGGUGGUUAACAAGUGCACGUCGACCGCCGCUGCGGCCGGGUCGCUCGAUUCAAUUCGAUGACUGGAUCGCUCGGGUUCGAUUCGAUGAUUGCGUGCGUCGCUCGAUUCGAUUCGAUGACUGGGUCGCUCGGUUCGAUUCGAUGAUUGUAACGCUCGGGUUCGAUUCGAUGAUUGCGUCGCUCGACUCGAUUCGAUGACUGGGUCACUAGGGUUCGAUUCGAUGAUUGCGUCGUUCGAUUCGAUUCGAUGAUUGCGUCGCUCGACUCGAUUCGAUGAUGACCUGAUUAGGAGAAGUUACAAGCCGGUCCGUCGACGGUGGUGGUUGGGACACGAGUUAUUUGGGUCUGCGAAGAUAGACAGCUAUUCCAAGAAAGACUAGACCCGUUCGAGAACAUACAACAGUCGAAGGGCUUGUGCUGGAGUCUUUCGCAUACUGCUGCGCGCACGCACCAUCAUUGAUGUGGUAAUGCCUUUGAUUGGU